AUGCCCGCUGCCAAACUCGAGGAGAAGGUGACGGAGUAUGUGCGACUCGGUAACAGCGGCCUCAAGGUCUCCAAGGUCAUUCUGGGCUGCAUGUCCUACGGCCUGAAAUCUUGGGCCGAUUGGGUCCUGGAGGGAGACGAGGCGCUCGAGCAUUUCAAGGUUGCCUACGAUCUCGGUAUCAACACGUGGGACACGGCAGAUGUCUACAGCAACGGCGAGUCGGAACGCCUUUGCGGCCAGGCGCUUAAGAAGUAUAAGAUUCCGCGCGAGAAAGUCGUCAUUUUGACGAAGUGCUUCAUGACGGUCGCGGACGACCCGAACCUUCACCCUAGCAAGCUUGCGAACCCGGACCAGAAGGGCUACGUCAACAACCACGGCCUGUCGCGCAAGCACAUCUUCGCCGCCGUCGACGCCAGUCUGGAGCGUCUCGGUGUCGACUACAUCGACGUCCUCCAAUGCCACCGCUUCGACCCGGAAACGCCGAUUGAGGAGACGAUGGACGCCUUGCACGACAUCGUCAAGAGCGGCAAGGUCCGCUACAUCGGCAUGAGCUCCUGCUGGGCAUGGCAGUUCCACCAGAUGCAGGCGUACGCCAAGAGCAGGAACCAAACAAUGUUUAUCUCGAUGCAAGACUUCUACACUGCCGUCUACCGCGAGGAGGAGCGCGAGAUGUUCCCGACUUGCAAGGUCUUCGGCACCGGCAUCCUCCCCUGGUCGCCCCUCGCCCGCGGCUACCUCACCCGCCCGUGGCGCGACCAAGAUUCGACGAACCGCGCAAAGAGCGACCCCAACUUUGCCAAGUUCGUUGGUCUCGGCAACAAGCUUGAGGAGGAGAUGCUGCAGAAGAUCAACGAGGCCGUCGAGAAGGUGGCCAAGGACCGCGGCGUCUCGAUGGCGCAGAUCGCAACCGCCUGGGUCCUGAGCAACCCGCUCGUCACCGCACCCAUCAUCGGCUCCACUCGCGUCGAGGCCAUCCACGAAGCCGCAGCUGCAACGCACAUCGAGCUGACGGAGGACGAGAUCAAGGCUAUCUCGGAGCCGUACCGUCCUCGCGGCAUCCUUGGUCACCAGUAG